CACAACCUGGAGCCUGCGCAGACCGCUGUGGGGAAAAAGUGCAUGUGCAAGCAGAACUGGGAAAGUUCAUAGUGCCGAGGUGCAGGAUGUCCCGUUAAGGAGAAAAAAAUCCUGCAGAGGAGCAGAGGCAACACAAGCGGACGGACUGAAAAGACUGCAAACCAGAGCGAACCGCAUUCACAGCACCUAUAGCUUCAUUUUUUUAACUGGGAAAAUGGGCUUUCCGACGAUAUUUAGUUUUCGUCGGAUUGUUCUCAAAGUGUUCGUGUUUCAGUUCGUCGCUUUUCAAGCUACAUAUGCUGCCCCUUCGCCUAUUAUCAGGUUUCCAGGAGACGACACUACUCCCAAAACAGACAAAGAAGUUGCUCUGGUAAGUUAAUUGGCUCGUUUUCCAAGAAAACUAUUGGGUCAGUCUGCUGAGAAUCAACAGGUUGUCUUAACAAAGUAGAAGUUUAGAAGGAAUUGUCAUUAUAUGAUAGCACUAGUUUUAUAGGAAUGCACAAUCUAAUUAUGUCAAACUGCUUUUAUCACUUUUUUCUCUCCUUUUAGCACUAUCUGAAUAAGUUUUAUGGAUGUCCACAAGACAGAUGUAACCUUAUGGUGCUUAAAGACACCCUGAAGAAAAUGCAAAAGUUCUUCUCUCUGCAAGAAACUGGAGAGAUUGAUGCCAAAACUGUGGAGAUCAUGAAGAAGCCUCGCUGCGGUGUACCAGAUGUGGCCAACUACAACUUCUUCCACAGGAAGCCGAUGUGGCAGAAGAAUGAUAUAACUUACAGGUCAGAGACUGAAUAUUACCUUGUCUACAGAAACGUCCUGCAGUUCAGUUGAGAUGCAUUUGUGAUAAUGAGAAUGAGUGACCUUUCAUUUGGACUCUAAGUUCAACUCAUUAGCGAUACAUCAGGAGAUUUUUGAUUUACCUACAUGAUCUUAAAAAGGGCAACUUAACAGAGAAGAAACAUUGACCUGGACAUGAUACAGUCUGGGCAGAUCACAGAAAAAGUUGAAAAAACUUGACUACUACUGCCCAUAAAUCAAACCACAAAUGUUGUGCAAUACUUCUUCGAAUAUAUGAGUAAGUACAGUCAACAAGUUUUACUGUAAAUCCCCAAGUAGUGAGAGAUGAAGCACAAAAGUAUAAAUACAAAGCCACAGUGUGUUUGCUUUGAGACAUGGACCACAGCUUGGCCCCGCCUGAUCCCCCCUUCAACCUCCAGUCCACCCCACCCCCAUCCUCACAGUCACUACUGGGCGCUUGCAUCUUGUGUCCUGCUUACCCCAGCAUUCCUGCACAGUGUGUGUCAGGUCCUUUGUUUUCCUUCUGUUUGAGGUUUACAACAAUGUAGAGUUGGUUUAUUUAUAUCAGCAAUUUUGUGUGUGUUGAUCAUUCCAUCUCGUCUGCUCGUGUGUUCAUAAGGGAGACAGUCAGCCAAAGACAAUAACAACCAAGAGACCUUAGAUUUUUUUAUUAUUUUUUUUUUAAGAAAGGACUGUGCAGUCAGGCAUGUAACAGGGUUUGAGUCUGAGCACUGAUUCAGAGGUUGUUUUCAACAGAUAAUUUUUAGACUGUCGUUUGAACUACUUACUUUGAUUUUUCCAUAAACCUAUGUAUUAAAAAAUCCUAUAUUACUAACACCUGCGAUCAUAUUCAUUCUUUCCAUUUACUUUUUUUUGUUUGGGACUGAAAACUGACUCUCUGUUUCCCCCCCAAGAAUACUGGGAUACACUCCCGAUCUGGAUGAGGAAGUCAUAAACGAUGCUUUCUUCAGAGCCUUCAAAGUCUGGAGUGACGUCACCCCACUUACAUUCACCCGCCUCAUGGACGGAGAGGCUGACAUCAUGAUUAAUUUUGGGCGCAAUGGUAUGAAACGUAUAAAUACUUUAACAACACACCGUACAAUAUAACAGUACAACCCCAUGUAGUUGUAUUAGUUAAGUUAUAUGUUGACCUUUCAAGCAGGUAUACAGUGAGAUACCUGAAAAUCAAAAGUAGUUUUUCUAACAGCAGGAUCUUUAAAGGAUUCUGGUUACUAAUGUAUGAAAUGAAGUUAAACCACUGCAAAGAGAAUAAAUCAAACUCAAGUCAGGCAACAGUUGGACAGACGUUCACUGCUUUGUUUACUGAGGUUGAAGGAGCAACAAACCACAUAUUAUUACAGUGACUGCGCAUUCUGCCAGGCUAUAUUUAUAAUAAAAGAGUAGUUAUUCUUCACGAGGGUAAUUCCACUUAAACCAACUAAAUCAGCUACUUGAUAUUUACUCACAGUGUCAUAAUAUUUUGUCUAGCCAUAGCUGACCCAGUUGAGAAAGAAUCUGAUAAUUAUAGAGGAACACAAACAAAAAGCAGCCACUUCACAAGAUGGGAGACCUACCUCUUAGAAACAGAAAUGAAUAUCUUAAUAUUCAUAAUAAAUAUAUGUUAAUAUAUGUUAUGUUUUCUUCAGAGCAUGGAGAUGGUUACCCCUUUGAUGGGAAAGAUGGCCUCUUGGCUCAUGCUUUUGCUCCAGGCCCAGGCAUUGGUGGAGACUCCCACUUUGAUGAUGAUGAGCAAUGGACGCUGGGAGAUGGCCAAGGUAAUGGUGAUACUGAAUUUACAAGAAAACUAAAGCAUUGUAUAAAGACUCAUAUAUAUCGCUUAUUUUUACUCAUGUAGCAUAUAUAAAUGUAAAAUAUAGGAAAUGAAAUAUUUCACCUAAUCCUUUGAUACAUUUCCCUUUUCUAUGAUGCAAAGAAGCCUCAUAGGUGUGAUUAUUAAUUUCCAUGUUACUGUGCAUUAGUGCAAUAACAUAAAAAGGGUUUGUAGUGGAAAUGUGUCUGUCUUAAUCAUCUUAAUAUGAUCUUUUUAACAGUGGUAAAGGUGAAGUUUGGCAACGCUGACGGAGAGUUCUGCAAAUUCCCCUUCUCGUUUAUGGGCACUGAAUACAACAGCUGUACAUCUCAGGGCCGCGACGACGGCUUCCUGUGGUGCUCGACCACCUACAACUUUGAUGAGGAUGGCAAAUAUGGCUUCUGCCCCCAUGAACGUAAGUUGGUAAUUGAGUUAUCUUAAAAAAAGUUUCCCAUUGUCUGUUAGAUACAAGAAGCGUAUAAUAAUAACUUUUGUCCCAGAUCUGACCUCGGAUUAUUAAUGUCAUGUCCUACUUGCAUGUUGUUGAACUGAAGCAUUUCCGGGCCAGAGUGAAAAACAAUAAUUCAUAUCAGAAUCCACUUAUAUCUGAAUCUGUUCUUCUGAUUUUGGAAGGAAAUAAAGUAGGUUAUAAAAUAUGCCAGGAAAGUGUUGUUUUUUGUUUGGAGUGGAUUAUGGAAUAUUUCUUUUCCAACUCAUUGCCCCAUUUUAGAAAACUGGGCUUGUGAAGCAUUUUGUUGAUCUGUGUUAUGUUGUUGUCCAUAGUACGAACAUGAGCGCAAGCCUAUACAAUGAAGUGCCAAAGUACACAUGUACUAAAUUGUUGGGGCUGUCUGUUUUUUAAUAGUUGUAUUGACUGGAGAGAGAAAACAUUUCCUGUUACUUGUGCAUGUUGAUUAUUAAUUUCUUUCUGUCAUACUUUGUUAUUUGGGGGUUAAGAAGACCAUAGCUUCUUUUGCUAAAAAUGAAGGGAGUUGAGCUUAUCUUUGUUUGCAUCAGAAUAUUCUGUUAUUGGCUUAGACACGACUUUUCUGUUGCUUUUUGUUUUACAGUGCUCUUCACUCUGGGUGGAAAUGGAGAUGGUGCUGCAUGUAAAUUCCCCUUCACCUUCCAGGGCGAGAAGUACGACUCAUGCACCACUGAAGGCAGAGAUGAUGGCUAUCGCUGGUGCGCCACCACUGAGGACUACGACAGGGACAAGUCCUUUGGGUUCUGCCCUGAAACUGGUGAGAAUCAUCAUCUGAUGGGUCUUAAGUUGAAUGCUUUUCGUAAAAUGGGGAUUUCCAUAUCUUCUGAGCCAAGAUUCUCCAACAUGUGAAUACUACAGAGGACUGUACUGGCAGUGUUUGUUUUGCAGUGCAGUGUAUUGUGCCCUGCCUGCUGUGUGCUGGUCUACAGGAAUGCUCCAGCUGGGCUUUUUCUGUGUUGCUUGCAGUCUGCUGAAAGGCUGUGAAAGUAUUUUAAUGUGCAGUGGCAGGACUAAUUUUCCAUUCUGUCAGUGGGACUGGUUUUAGUGGAGGUAGGGGAGGUGGUGAAAAGGAGAAGGAGAGAGACAGUAAGAUAGACAGAGAGGUACGACCACUGGAGGUUUCAUCUGGUUUGAAUUGAUAAGGAAUGUAGCUUGUUGUAAAGUCUUUUGCGUAAGCCUGUGCUGAAUAGGAAAUUAUGAAUUUUUUUUCUUUUUGAAAGUAAACAGCACAGUACUGGUCUUGCCAAAUAGAAAAUAAUCUGUCUUUAAAAGAAAAACAAUUUGGGUGGAUACUUUUUGGUUUAGAGCCCAGUGGAUUAGUUAUUGAUGUCAUGUGAGUUAUGCCAGUGCUUUCAUGAUGCCGUUUCCAGCAUCGUCUGUGCUCACUUCACCACUUAAUACAAACCCAUCUGUUCUGGGGAAAUGUUUUGGCAUUUGAAUGAGUUCAUAAGACAGUAAAAUGAAGUUGUUUAAUUGCAUGUCUUAUCAUUUGAAUUUUUGUCACCCCCUACAGCCAUGUCGACAGUGGGAGGAAACGCAGAGGGAAGCCCCUGUGUCUUCCCCUUUACCUUUCUGGGAGACUCCUAUGAUGCCUGCACCUCAUCUGGUCGCAGCGACGGCAAGAUGUGGUGCGCUUCCACCAAGAGCUACGAUGAUGACCGUAAAUGGGGUUUCUGUCCUGACCAAGGUAUGAAUAGUAUUUAAUAAAAGUUAUUGAUGUUGAAUCUGCCACAGAGGACGAGUAAUCACUAAGUAUUGGUUUGUCUCGUAUUUCAUUUAAGUACCAUCAAGGGGUAGACCAAUAAUUGGCCAAGGCCUAUAUUGGGGCAGAUGUUCAGGAUUUGGUUGAUUUCUGUUUUGACAUUUAUUUUACACAUAAAAAGUAAUGAAUUUGUGCUACUUUGACUCAGCUGCUAGUAUGUCUUUCCCUAUUUAUUUUUCUAUUUUCUUGCACCACUUUGCUUGAUUGGGUCAACAUAACAUGACAGUAUGACAUGUGACACUGUGACUGGUUGACCCCUACUACUAUCUUUCCUUGAGUUUUUGCUUUUUACUCAAGUGUAGUAACUCAAUUUUGAUUUGUGUUUACAGGCUACAGUCUGUUCUUGGUGGCAGCCCAUGAGUUUGGUCAUGCUCUUGGCUUGGAGCACUCCCAAGACCCCGGAGCACUGAUGGCCCCCAUUUACACUUUCACUAAAAACUUCAGACUUUCCCAGGACGACAUCAAAGGCAUCCAAGAACUCUACGGUGGGAAUAAAAGUCAUGUGUGGCUAGUUUCCUAGAAAGGGAUUUGGAUUAAAACUCUUAUCUAGAACAAAAGAAAAGUGUUUUUCUUAUUUGAACUAUUUUCUGUGACAGGUGCGUCAACGGACCAGCCUGUAUCUCCCACCCAGGGUCCAGUGACUCCAAUGGAUAUCUGUCAAGAGCCGGUUAUCUUUGAUGCUGUGGCACAGAUCCGAGGAGAGACCUUCUUCUUUAAGGACAGGUAAUAAAAAAAAACAAAUAAAACAGAAAGCCUGAAUACUGUUAAGACCAAAACCAGACUUCUGGAAGUUUGCACAUACAACCUUGUGGACAAAAUGAGGUUGUAGCACUGACAGAAAUUCCAUCCCAAAUCAACAUUUGCAACCAUGAUGUUCGAAUUACCUGGCUGCAAUGUUUGGUUCUGUUGAAACUUGUAACCACUGCCAAAGUCUGAUAUCAGAAGCCUGUCUAUAAUCUAGAGGAACAAUGCCCCAGCAUACCAGAUUAUCUACAUAUGAAAUUAUGAGUUUUGAGAACAAAAGGUACUGUAGCCUACAAAACUAGAUUCCCAGGUAAUUUCCCUAUAAACAUAAAGUGGUUGAGAUGACGUUCCUCUUUGGUUAUUGAGUCUUGGGCCCCUUGAAGAUGCUGGUCUUAAGUACUUGUUCCAUGAUGUGACAAUUAGUGAGAGGGGGAAACAAACAACUGGUGUACUCAUGCAGUGACAACAAAACCAGUCAUCAGUCCUAAACACAGAUUACCGUCCUCUCCUCCACCGGCGCCAGUGAAUCUUGCGUUUUGUAAGCUCACAGUGUCUACUGGCUGACCCCGCGCAGGAGAGGAGUUUCAUGAAGGGCUGUGGUUUAGUCAGCAGUCUUUGUGAGUCAGAGUGUUUUUUUCCCGUAAAAAGAUGGACACGUUCAUUACAGCAGCUGAAGUUUGUUAGACUAUUUUUCCUGAGAGUCACUGUGUACAAAAACAAUAAUGCAGCUAAAAGAAAAAUGCAGGAGAAAUCAAAUGAUGGUAGUUAUGAUGAGUUAGAAGCUGUAGCUGUGCUGAAACAUCAACUGCCUACAAUUUUAAGUCGUACAGAGCUGUAUACCCAUCACAGCCAUUUUUGGUAAAGCGUCCAAAACAAACAGGCCAGCAUACCUACGCACCAGAGAGUGUAGUCUUUCAGUUAGCCUGGUUUUCCUCUCAGGGAACCUUGUGUUACAGACUCUGGGAGAAACAUGGCUUAGCCCUGCUCACAAAUCUGGAUUUUAUAAAGACUUGAGUUUUACCUUGCAGUGACUCCUCAACACAUCUGCAGUGUUCACAGACACACUUGGCUUGUGAUACUUUUUCUCUGCUCUUAUUAGUGUCAGGUGGGGCACUUCAGAGAAAUCUUGUAUAUAAGUCUUCAAACUCUACUAGCUUCAAGUUUGAAGACUUUUUUUUUUAUUAGGCUUAUUUUAAGGCCAUUUACAUCAUGCCUGCCUGUGUGUAACAGUCUACUGUGUUUUAAAGGUGCUUUUCAUUACAAUACAAUGCUUCAUGGGGUUAUUAUGACUGACAAACAAAAUGACCCAGAAUUGAUACGAAGGAAUUGUUGCAAGGGACCAUACAACAAAAACAACAAAACAUGUCUUAGUUUUAACAAGCCCCUGCUGUUCAGACUUCAACAACACUUAAAAAGUUUCCUGCAUGUCAUGUUAAGUUUUCAGCCACAGUGCUCUAACACAAGACAUGUUCCAUAUUGCUUCAGAGAAAAAGCGGUGCCGUCUGGCCUCUAGAGCCUAAACUCCCAUUUUAAAAGCUGGAACCUCCUCAUUCAGCUGAGUCAGCGUAUUUCUUGAUGUAGGACAAACCUUAACAAUGAGUAAUGCUUGUGAAACUCACCAGGCUCAGCAGAAAACUUUGUCUGUCUGGAGGCUUAAGUAAAAGGCAGUUUUAUUCUGUCUCAUAGAAACAGUUUGGCAAAUUUUCUGACUAGGUGUUUUGCCAGCAACCCAAAUCUAACUGCUCAUAUGCUAGCAUGCAUCCAAUGGAGGCUUUUUCAACAUCUAGCGCAGUAGAAGCUCUUGGUUGUUAUCCCUCUGUCAUGGUUGAUUUGGUAAAAACCAGUGGUUCAAGAUAACUUCAGGUUUGAUUAAGAUACAACUUUAUUUAUCCUUUUGGGAAGUCCUUCAAGGAAAUUAAAAUUUGAUACUGCUCUAACACUUUCUAAGAAAUGCAACAAAAGAGUAUCUUAUGCAUCUGCAGCUGAAAACGACCGAGACUCAGCUGAUUUGUAAACUCGUUUUUGAUGAGCCCUCAAGAGUCAUAGAAACCACUGUGAAACAACAUUACAUCUCCCAUUGGCUGAGUUCUGUGAAAGACACCCUUUGUUUUCCCCAGUCGAACACUUUUUAUGUGUGAACUUUGUGGCCACAGUGGGACAUUUUCCGUUAGCUGUAGCGGUAAAUUAAUGUUGCAGUAACAGUAUAGAGACAGUCAUGAGUGAGCAGACUGAAGUAAGAAAACUUUGCUGCACGAAAUUUUGAAUGUAAACAUAUGAACAAAUUGGAUAUGUAUCUAAAGUGGGGUAUGUGGUGAAAAUCUAAAGCUAUUUUUUUAAGAAUGACAUUAUGUAAUGCCGGAAAGACCUUAAACACCAGCCUGCAAUGUCACACAUUUAUGACAUUAUCUUAAAAACAACCAAUGCAUGAUUUAUGGAUUCCCUACAUGUACAAUUUGAACUAAAUCUAAUCAAUUUAAUUCUUGGCAAGUCUUUGGAAAGUAGUUUGAUGUUUUUGUUUUAAUCAAUGAAUUACUUAAUUCAUUUUGUUUAUUAAAAUUAUAUCAACCUUUCAGGAACACUGCUUAAAGCUCCUGUGAGUAACUUUCUCUUUGUUUUGAUUUUGGCAGCCCCUGUGGACAAAGUCAUACCUCUUAUCGCUUUGCUAAUUUUGUCUUGUGCCAAGCAAGUGGCGUUUUGAACACAAAAACUACCAUUCAGCCAUCUUUCAAUAUUUAAAUGUGUCACUCACUCUGAUAGCUGCUGAGUAAAAUGUACAAAAGGGCUGUUCUGCGUGCUGUCAGUCCUGUGAUCUGUGUCCUACCCCCUUCCAGCAGUUACAGACACUAAAAAUUACAACAUUGAGAGUGUCUGUCUCCCUGCUGUUGGUCUUUUUUAACUUCUUUUGUGGGUCAUCAAAAAGCGUCACUGGUAGUUUGCUUCAUAACUAGUUAAAAAGUCAUAACAGGAGCUUUAAAUUAUACAUUUAUAAACAUUAUUUCCAGUGACAAAUAAACACAAUAAUUUAGAUUUGUAUGUUCUUGUGUAUGCCAGCACAUUUUUAGUCUGGUCUUCUUUUAUCAUUACUCAUUCUUGCAAUUGGCAAACAUUUUUCAUUUUAAAAAAUAGGUCAGUGGAAAAGAGUUUGGGAAGCUGCUGUUGUUGUGCAGCUGUGUAUUGGAAAUCCGGGCAAGAUAGGUCUUGUUCCGUUGGCGUCGGCAGCCUUAGCCCUAACGAGAACCAGAUGCUCAUGAAUCAGGCCAUUGUGGCUUGCUGGGCCAGCGAAGCACUUGCACUAAAACUAAAACCUCUACACACUCAUACUCCCCCACCUCCUCCUCAUUAUUCCCCUCUGCCCCUCUUUCACUCUCACUCUCAUUUCAUCCCCGGCUCAUCAAGCUUACGAUGGCUCACUCCCUCACUCUGUCUCUGCCAGGUUCCUGUUCAGGUCAGUAAACUUCAGGAGCAAACCCAGCGGCCCAAUGCUUGUGGCCACCUACUGGCCGGACCUCCCUGCCAAGAUAGAUGCUGUCUAUGAAAACCCAGUGGAGGAAAAGACCGUUUUCUUCGCAGGUAUGCAGAAAUAAAGAGCUGAAGAAAAGUCUGAUUUAUAGCUUUCUGUAUAGUGAUGUCAUUUUACAUAAACUACGCACUCUGUUUAUAUCAUCCAGUACAUCCAUGGUGAUGAGAGACACUGACAGUUCUAUUUUACCAUCUGGAUGCCUCUUUUAACAGUCUUGCUUUUCUGCAAACUGAAACAUUAGGAGAAGCAGGAAUGUUGGCUGAGCACUGUGUAGUGUGCGGUACAAACUCUUGGGACUCUUGUGAUACUCCACCAUAGUUAUUAGUGGUUUUAUGGUGCAUUCUUUGCAUUUUAUGAUUAUGACGACCUUCCUGAAUACUAAUAUAAUAUGUGCAUUUGUCAGUUUUGAGCACAUUAACAGCAGAGCUGGUCAGGCUAUUGGGCCCUAAAUAAGAAAAGAUGAUCUCACACCAAUGUGGAAAUAAAUGUGGUCAAUAGAUUUUGAGGAUAAUGGAUUUCCAUCUCAAUCAGACCGUUCUAUGCUAAAAUAAUUACUUUUUUCCAACACAAUGUGUCCCCAAUGCCUUUAUAUUCAUAAUUCGGUAUUUUUUUUUACUUUUUACCUCACAGGUAAUGAGAUGUGGAUCUACAAAGCUGAUCAACUCGAGAGAGGUUAUCCCAAGAGGCUCUCCAGCAUUGAGCUCCCCACUGACCUUCAGCAAGUCGAUGCUGCCUUCAACUUCAGAAAGAACAGGAAGACUUACCUGUUUUCUGGGGACAAAUUCUGGAGGUGAGAAUCAGCAAAGCUCAUAUUCACCUUUUUUGAAAUGUUGAUGUCAUCACCUCCUAUUGCAGUACCCAUUUACAUCUGGAUUUAAUUAGCAUUUCGUAGGGAUCUCAAGCAGCUCUGUUAACCACAACUGCUCUGCAAAGCCCUUGCACAACAAGAGAAUUUACUGUGUUGACAACUAACUGUUUUAUUGCCAUGGAAAUGUGUGAACGGUGUAUAUGUUUGUGUGUUAGCGAGUUAUACAAACUAUCCCCACAAUUUGUACAGAUACGAUGAAGAAAGUCAGAGAAUGGACCCUGGCUUCCCUAAACUUAUUGCUGAUUCCUGGAAUGGCAUCCCAGACGACAUAGACUCUGCCUUCAGUCUCAAUGGAAUUGGUAAUAAAUCUCUCCUUUUUUUUCUUUAUUUACUUACAUAAUUGUGGGUUUUGAGGCUUGGUAUAGUUUUAAGAAAAGAAAAUGUUAGAAGAAGCAGGCAACACAAGUUUAUUAUGUAUGAGCCAGACCUGCCAGAAAACUAAAGGGCAGCAACUGAGGUUAGAGGGGUGGUUUUUGAUGGAGAUCAUCAGUGAUAUUCCAUGGAACUGUUUUCCAUAAAAUACCAUUAGUUAUAGUUCUGGUUUCAAGAAAAUUAUCACAAAAAUACAGUUCAGACAAGUCCACAGCCCUUAAAGCAGCCUUGUAGGGCUGUACUUUGGCACAAUGGUGGUUUGGGCUACUGCUUACAAACUCAAUGAUAAUCCAAAUAAGCAAAUACCUUGUAUAUUCAAUGUCACCACCACACACACUGACCAUUUACUCAGGUCAUAGUCAGGGUGGGAAGCUCAAAUUCUUGUUUGUUUACGUAAAAUUGUAAAACUCAUCAUAAGCUGUAUAAUAGGAGAAUACAUGCAGCUUUGGGAUCACAGAGUGUGGGUAAACAGUGUCAAAUUGAUUUAAAGGUCCCCUAUUAUGAAAAAUCCACUUUUGGGUGGCUUUCUACCAAUAAUAUGCAUCCCUUAAAAGCUGCCCCCCUCUGACAUGAAAGAUUUCAUCCUCUCCCUCUCUUGCUUUCUUCUCCUUUCUGAAAACGAGCGCAAACAGGCAAAUGGAAAGCUGUACGGUUAUGACGACAUAACCGCAGAAGCUACCUCCUAGAAGACGGAAACGGACGGAGCAUUUCGUCUGUCCUAUCCUAUCAUUCUGUCUGCCUUUUUGCAUGAAGUGGGGGAAAUUACAGAGGAACAGAUGCCAAACGGCGUUAGUCACGAGAGAUAACUAUAACAUUCCACUUUUCAAAAUAUUGGGUAUUCGCCAAUAGAGCUCCAAGUAACGGCGAGAUAGCGGGCACGUAGCUGUCAGAAAAGCUAACCCACUUAGCAGUGUAACAUAACACACUAACAGAAUAAACACAUAAAUAUAAAGACACAUAAUAUUUGUAACCAACGAUUCAGAAACGUCCUGUUGCAGCCGCAGAGUUUGACUCUCCCUCUGGGUCAGACUCUGGGUCAAAUUGGUAGGGUUGAACCACAGCGAUUCUAUGAGCCAUCACACCGCACAGGCUGUAAACAUUAGCACAUGGUAAAGCCGCAGCCCCUUCCAGAGAGGGGCGUGGUUACACGCAGCUCAUUAUCAUUUAAAGAUACAGGCGCAGAAUCAGCCCGUUCUCAGUGGAGCUCAAAAAGAGGGGGGACAGGCUGGCUGAUAUCCACAAAUAAACUGGUGUUUUAGACAACAAACUUCAGAUUUACUAUUGUGGGAUCUCUGGGGCUGAUUUAAACUUGAUGAAAAAUGCCAUAAUAGGGGACCUUUAACAAAUGUGGCUUAUAUUAGCAGAGCUAGCACCACAUGCCUUAGAUCCUUUCAGCAGGUAACAAACACAUGACUGUGCUCUUUACACAUCGUUUUGAUGAGGUUAACAGACACAGCCUACGUACAACUGUAUCUCAAUUUUUCUACAUCAGAAUACAGACAAACCACACUGCUCCACAUCUGUCACCUGUGUUUGCUUACAUCAGGAUGGUAGGGCGUUAAAGUAAUAUGGCAGUCGUCAUCAACUGUAGCUACAGAUGGCGGGUAGUUGUGCGGCAGCAUAGACACAACAUAUCACAUACGACUCUUUGCAUUUGAGUUUGUCAGACCUACAAAAAAAAAUGUUGUUUCUCCUUAAAUCUACUAGUAAUUCUAGUGCUGACCAGCCAGUGUGACAGUGUCUACUUUCUUUUAGCGACUUAACACCCUCAUCCCCUAAUGCAUUUGUUAAAAAUAGUAAGAUUCUAAUCUAGUCACAAAGGUUAAAAGACUGAUGGGCAGUCAUUGUCAUAAAUCCUUCUGCUUGUGUGUCUUUAAAUAAUUUCUGCAUUAAUAUGCCACAAUCAUAUUGUUAGAUUUUAAAUCAAAGAAUUGAGACAAAACAGGCAUUAGAAAGCCUCCUCAGCCCACAGCUUCAUUUUAGUCUGACGAUAAUCUCAGGAAGAGAGGAUUUUCUGCUGGUUGUGGUGCUCCAUGUUUGAGCUUUCUCUGGUCAGACUAGCAUUCCUGAUUCAUCAAUGCAUCGGUGCCUGCAACAUUAAAAGCUGAUGUUUGGAUGCAUUUUGGGUUUUCAUGUAAGACUGUAAGACUAGGACCAAAAGAAGUCAACAGCAGUCAAGUCGAGGGUAAGCUCUGUGGGGCCACAUUAAAAUACUACAACAAACCUUCACAACCACUGGAUCCGUCAUCACUCUGAGCUUUUAAAACCUGUGGCUAAAGCUAAACCCUCAGAUCACACACAAAUGCAGUGUCAUUACGUCUGCAAACUGAAUUCAAGCUGUGGGUGCACAGAGGACAGUCUAAGUGGACUGUCCUCUGUAAUGACCUAAGCCUUUACAGUGAUGAUGAGAAAGAGAAAAUUUUAGAAACACCUAAUACCAACAUGAAAGUGCAUGACAGAAGACGCUGUUUUAAAGCCACACAUAGAAAUGAGGGACGCAGCUGUCAAAAGAGUCAAACACCAUCUGACCACUGUGAGUUUUACAAAAGGUGAGCUUCACUGCACACUGGAUUAAUUCUUCCACUUUUGAGUUUUAGGUGAUCUAGCUGAGAUUGUAAACCUGUGUGUAAAACAGGUAAAAACGCAUCAGAAAUGGUGACUGUCAGACUUACACUAGAAGUAUUAAUGAAUUUUUUCUCUAUAUCAAGCAACCAUGUAUUUUUCCAUCACAACUCUUCUAACAUGCACACCUUACUGUAAGCAAAACAUGGCCGCGUCACCACAAAGUGAACAAACAUAUUGAUAUAAAGAAAGUCUGUGCUGCUCUACAGAGGUGCUCUGUAAGCUUCCUGAUUAGUAAGAUUCAUAAAGAGGCCAAGCGUUAGCUUUAGUAGAGCUUGAAGGGAUGUUCUACUAUGUUGCUUUGAUUGCAGUACAUUAAAACAUUAGCUGUUUUACACAAAUAAUUUCAAAUAAAAAAUUUACUUCAGCAUGUUUUUAACACCCUGUGCUUGUCUUUCACAGAUUACAGCUACUUCUUCAAAGGUAACCACUAUUUCAAACUGGAAGACAGCAGCUUGAAGAUUGUCAAGUUGGGAGAAAUCACAAAAGACUGGCUGGGUUGUUGAGCAUUUCCAAAUAUCUUACACGACUGGCUUUUCCUGCAAUCGCAUCUGGCCUCAUGAGGACAUUGCCAUGGUACCAAACACAAUUUAAGGUUUCUUGGCAACUCUGCACAUUUCUGUGGGAGACAUGUCCCUGUCAGACUGUCUAACCAGCCUCCAGUUUUAUAGAAAGGCACCUUGGGACCUUUUACGCAGGCUGAACAUAGGCAACUGGAGAUUUGCUAUUUUACUGUGUGUUAUUGACUUUGUAUUUGUUAGGCUGAUGCAGAUUUAUUACAAAAUGUAUGCCCCGUUUAAUUGUUUUAUAGUUUUUUUUUAAAUUGUUGUUUAAUAACUUAGACAUCAGGUAUGUCGACACUGCAUUAAACGCAGUGCUGUACUGUGCUGUGAGAUAUUGCCAUUUUAUGCACAUUUUAUUUUGAAAGGCUGUUUUAAACCACAUGAGGUAAUCAUGCUGAUUUAGAGUGACUUUUUUCUCCAUUGUACUAAGUGCAGUUUUAUAAAUGUAUCAUUUUUUAAGUAAUAUUCUUAUUGUUGUGCAAUACAUUUGAAAGAAUGACUUUGCACAAUGCAUUUGACCGAAAAUGGUGCUUUAGAGAUUGCUUUUUGCAUAUAGUCCUUUAUAUACACAUUUUAUAUUCAUAUCUUCUGGAUGUCAGAAUUAGUACUUGCAGGCACUCGUUAUUCUUCAUUUGGUUAGCACUUUGUAUAGGACUAUAGACUACAAGGGAACAGCCCAAUAUGGAGACCACGGCAUUUUCCUGGCAGCUCCAGGCUCUAUUUCCCUUCACUUUUGGUACAGAAAGAUUUAAGGCACAGGUUGCCUCUAGAGGCUGUAUUGGUUUGCUGCAUGAUGGAGUCAUGGCAAGAGUACCACAGUUGUAUUGUUUAAUAUUUUUAUACUCUGUUUUCUCUCUUGGGUUCUAACAAUACAGAUCAUGUAUUUUCUGUUGUUUUUAAUGCUUGAGCACUUUGUUACUGUCAUAAAUAAAGAGGGUCAAUAUGAUGUGGA